CUGACUGCACUAUUUCUUGUUCUGACCUCACAAAAAGCCAUUAUAAGGGAAUUUCAAAUACUGGGGCUUAGUUUUAGUCCAUAAGUACAGGAAGCUCUUCAUGGUGACCUGUUGGACUCCAAGAUAGUGCGUUUGGUUGUGGGCGUUUGGCGGUUGGUGGCUGUGGUCUUUGGAUACUGGUUCCUUUUUGAUUUUGAUCAAUUGUUUUGGCUUGUCUUUAUUUAUUCAUUUACUUUUUUAUGUAUUUCUUUUUAGCUAGCAUCUUUAGUUGGGGUUCCUGAUUAGGAUGUGUAGCAAGAGGAGUCAGACUAAUAUAGUGUUGCAGGGGUCCAGCUCCUCUGAUGAGACGGCCUUCACAGACCGUUAUGAAGUUCUGAGGGCCAUUGGACAUGGUGGGUUUUCCCAGGUAAAACUAGCCCGCCAUCUCCUCACUGGGGUGGAGGUGGCGGUGAAAGUCCUUUCAAAGAAAAAAGAGAACUUCUCGGGACACGCUGAAGCAAAUGUCAUGAUGGACCUGGAACAUCCCAAUGUGAUCCAGCUAUUUCAGGUUAUUGAAACUGGUCAACAUAUUUACAUUGUGAUGGAGCAUGCAGAUGGGGGACAGCUACAUGACUACAUAAAGUCAGGUGGCAUGCAGGAAGAAGAGGCUCGAAGACUAUUCAGGCAGAUUGUGUGUGCGGUGGGCCAUUGCCACAAGAAAGACAUCGCACACCGAGACCUGAAGGUUGAGAACAUCAUGCUGGAUGCCAGAGGCAACAUCAAACUCCUUGACUUUGGCAUAAGCAUGAAAUUCAGACCUGGGCAGAAACUCAGUGGGUUCCAAGGCACUCUCCCUUAUGUUGCCCCCGAAAUCAUCCAGCGGCAAGAAUAUGAGGGCCCCCUGGUGGAUGCCUGGAGCCUAGGUGUCAUUCUGUUUUAUAUGUUGUCAGGGAGACGCCCAUUUAGGAAGAUCUUCCCCUGGGACCUGGCAAGGCAGAUUGUGGAGGCAAGGUACCACAUUCCUGAUCAUGUUCCCACCCAAGCAAGAAGACUCAUCCGUAAAAUGCUGAACAAGAACCCUGCACAUCGGCCCUCAGUAGAGGAGAUCCUUCAGCACCCAUGGCUGAAGGAAGGUGAAGAGUAUUCUGCCCAUCAAUUUAGUGAGCCACAACCCAAACACCCAGACCCAGCACUAAUGACAAUCCUGUUUGACAUGGGUUAUAACCCAUACAGAAUCUGGGUGUCCCUAGCCAAUAGAAAGUUUGAUGAUUCCAUGGCCACAUACCUGAUUCUCCAGCACCAGGUGAGCCAGGGCUUCAAGAUCCAGGUGAAGCCUGGGUGUCAGAGGGUUUGGCCUCACCUACAACCCACGGAUCAUUCCAAUUUCCCUGACCUUCCCAAGAAGUGUUCUAGUGAGCCUGUACUCCACAUCUUCCCCUUGUCCUGUGAGCAUCAGCUGCCUGAGGACGCCAAGCAGCCAGGAAACAAGGGCAUCAGAAGAUUCAGCCUGACUCUCACUGAUCUCCACUACCUAUGUGCCUCCCAGCAUGACUCUGGGUCCCACAUGCCCAACUCCAGUAAAAUCUUCAUUAGGGAUGUCUCAACAGCAGAUGGCAGCAAUUUCUCCCAAGAUACCUCCAGAGGGCAACCCCAGGACAACAACAAAGCAUGGAAGAGGGUGACCAGGAGGAUCGCUGCCUGCUUUCAACAACUGUGUUGUUGCAUGCCCUGUGUCAGCAGAACAGUGGCUCCCAUCCAAGAAGGGUCAAAACGUGGGAGAUUCAAAAACAGAGUAGUACCAAUGUAAAUGCAGACAAAAUGAAUAGACAGCCAGCCAUUGGAUCCUAUGCUCUGUGGAUUCUGACAUCAUGGGGUAGGCAUCAGGCACAGGGACUCUAAACAGCUGCAGGAUCCAGGUAGGGAUAUGGCUCAGGCUUCUCUGCACCAAUCCAUCUAGGGGCACCUCUGGAUCCACCUGGACUCUUCUGCUCCCACUUGUGAGAGACAUCAGAGACUGUUUUUCCUGGGACACAUCCCCCUGCCCUGUUCUGUCUGUUUUCCCAUGCUUCUGGCAUGGC